AGCUUGAAUCCGUGUUUUAUCGCGAGAUUACUUUGGUCUUCAGUCAGUGAACCCAAAUAAGUCACCGUGCAUGAUAUGCAUGAUUUUGCAUUUUCUUUCUCUAAAGAACAACAUCUCAUAAUUGGGUAGAGCGCUUCACCUGUCCAGUGCAUUUGAAAAUGGCGAUUGUGAGCGUUCUCCCGGCCAACUUUGGCUAUGCGAUCUUUACAUAUCUGUACAGUUUUGGGAUGCUGUCGUAUCUCGCGAUCAAAGUUGGUGGUGCAAGGAAGAAGUAUAAAAUAAUGUAUCCCACCAUGUACAGUGAUAAGGAGCCAGUGUUCAACUGUAUCCAGAGAGCCCAUCAGAACACACUGGAGGUGUACCCACAAUGGCUGGUCUUUCAGACCAUUGCUGCAUUAGAGUAUCCUAUUGCUGCCUCUGUGUUAGGGGUUAUCUGGGUGACAAGCAGAUUAUCUUAUGCCUGGGGUUACUCCACUGGCGAUCCUAAAAAGAGGAUGCAGGGUGCGUACGGAUACAUCGGACUGUUUGGAGUCAUUCUGCUCUCCAUCUCUGUGGCUCUCAAGCUGCUUGGAGUCCUUUAAGGAGAACACAACUGAAGAAAUACCACAUAACACCAAUACCUGACACAUAAUGCAGCCUUCAGUCUUUCUUUAUGUCAAAACAUUUUUACUCUCUUUUUUUAAUUACGUUUGUUCUGUCUUGCAAUUUUACAUAUCGUGGUAUGUGUAAUUCCAUGUAAUCAACUUUUUCUUUGAACUGUUUGAUGUUUGCAGACUUUCAUACACAUACUCUAAGCUGAAUUUCUUGGACUUUAUUGUAAUAUUAAUAAAUUCAGACAGAUGAGUAAGAAAAUGUGCAUUGUUUGAGCGCUUGUAAGUUUGCAUUAAAGUGAGAGAAUGGAUAGAUGAUGGUGAUCCUUCAUACUUCAUACACAUUCACUAUAGAUGUUGUUUGGAAUUUCUGAGAUGCCUUUGGAGGGGAUUACAAAGUUCAUGGGUCUUGGACUUGUGAAUUAAAAUAAUCACAUGAUUCUCAGCUCAUGGACGAUUUUUUUAAAGUAGCAUAUGACAGGUAUUUAGGACAACUAUGGGGUUAAAUGAGUAACGGCCUAGAGCGAUGCCAUGAUGCUAGGAUAUAGUGUUAGGUUGUUCGUGUGUUGUUAUGUUGUGGCUAAGGUGUCCUGAGUGUUUUUAGCAUGUUGCUAAUGUGUGGUUGCUAGUCUUAAUGAUAUUCUGGUCUCUAUAUGUGGCUUGGAUCUCUCCCUCAUUGUAAGUCAAUGGGACUUUUUCUAAUAUACCAUUUAAUCAUUUGGGUUUGGGUUACUUAAUUACAGUAACAGCACACCUGUCCUCAACAAGCUGAACGAUUUGAGGUGUCGUUCAUGACUAGCACAAACGGUGCGGGAUGAGUUACACACCGAAGUUUAAUAUUUAGGUUUGUUCAAAUGCCUAACCCAAAAUAUGAGCAACAGUAAGAGUGAUGUGACCACUAAGAAACAAAAAGUAUACUCUAAAGCAUAUACAUUUGAAAUGCUAUAAGGGCCCUAGUCUUCACAAGUUGAGCGUGACAGUUUUGAAAGAGUUUUGAGGUCUUACAUGUUGCUUUCAAUUGGUGAAU